AUGAUUGUAUUGAUUUCUUACAGUGUUGGCUGUGUCUAUGGACAAGAAAGCUACGCAGGUGAAAACAUCACCCGUAUUCUGGACCGACUACUAGAUGGAUAUGACAACUGGUUGCGACCAGGAUCCGGAGGUAUGAUUACAGAGGUGAAAACAGAUAUCUUUGUCACAAGCUUUGGCCCAGUAUCAGAUGUGGAAAUGGAGUACACCAUAGACAUGUUCUUCCGACAGACCUGGGUGGACGAGAGGCUGAAGUACGACGGCGCCGUGGAGAUCCUGAGUCUCAACAACAAGAUGGUGGAUAAGAUCUGGACACCCGACACGUUCUUCAGGAACUCCAGGAAGUCCAUCGCCCACAACAUGACCACUCCCAACAAGCUGUUCCGCAUCAUGCAGAACGGGACCGUCCUCUAUACCAUGAGACUAACCAUCGUUGCUGAGUGUCCCAUGAGGCUCAUGGACUUCCCUAUGGACGGACAUACCUGUCCUCUGCGGUUCAGCAGCUAUGGGUACACGAACAGCGAGAUCACCUUCACCUGGAGGAAGGGUCUGGAAGCUUCUGUAGACUGUCCUCAGGAGUCUAUCAGUCUGCUACAGUAUGACCUGGUGGGACAGAAGUUAUCCACGGAGACGUUCAAGUCCAACACAGGUGACUACUCUGUCAUGGUAGUCCAUUUUCUACUACAGAGGAAGCUAGGCUACUACCUGAUUCAGACGUACAUCCCUCUGAUUAUGGUGGUGGUCCUGUCACAAGUAGCCUUCUGGAUCAACAAAGAGUCUGUACCUGCACGCACUGUGGCUAGCAUCACCACGGUCCUCACCAUGACAACCCUCAGCAUCAGCGCCCGCCAGUCUCUGCCCAAGGUGGCCUACGCUACAGCCAUGGACUGGUUCAUCGCUGUGUGUUUUGCCUUCGUGGCAUCUGCGCUCAUCGAGUUCGCCGCUGUCAACUACUUUGCGACGCUGGAGGCCAACAGACUGAAGAAGAAGAACGCCAGGCAGAAAAAAAUGGAGGUCCUAGCUGAAGCAAGUUAUGAUGAGGAGGAUGAUGAGAGUGCUUCAUCUCCCAGAGUGAGCCCGGUGCCCAUCUUCCUGCUGCAGGGUUCAGCUGUGUCCCCCAUCUCAGCGCCGGCUGGCACCAGCCCCAUAGACCAGUACUCCCGCAUCAUGUUCCCCCUGGCCUUCGCACUCUUCAACCUCUUCUACUGGAUCAUAUACCUGGGCAAGGACACCAUGGAACAGGCCAGCAAUGGAAACGGCUCAUCCACCAUCAUCACUAGCCAGUGUUUGAUCUUCUGCGCCAAAGACCUGAGGGAUCCCAGUAAUAUGCCGCUGGUUAAAGACACGGUCGACAGACUGAUGAAAGGCUACGACAUUCGGUUGAGGCCAGAUUUUGGAGGUGCGCCGGUGGCAGUGGGGAUGAAUAUAGACAUAGCCAGCAUAGACAUGGUGUCUGAAGUCAAUAUGGACUACACGUUGACAUGUAGUUUCAGGACUACACGACUACACGUUGACCAUGACUACACGUUGACCAUGUACUUCCAGCAGGCCUGGCGGGACAAGCGUCUGUCCUACUCUGAGAUAGCCCUCAACCUGACGCUGGAUAACAGGGUAGCCGACUCGCUCUGGGUUCCCGACACCUACUUCCUCAACGAUAAAAAGUCCUUUGUCCACGGCGUCACGGUCAAGAACAGAAUGAUCCGACUGCAUCCGGACGGCACCGUGCUCUAUGGUCUCCGGUGA